CUCUUCUUCUUUAACUAAUUAGUUAAUAUAAUACAUUCAACAUGUCCUUAGAUCAAGCCAAAUUAUUUUUAUCCCACAUUGAUAAGAAAUCCGCUGGUGUUACCCUUUUGGGUCACUUUGAAAAGAACACUGGGUUACCUCGUUCUUACGCUGUAUUGUCAGCUACUGCCGUAUACAUGGUGUUGAUUUUUAUCAACGUAGGUGGAAUUGGUGAGUUGUUGUCCAACAUCGCUGGAUUUGUCGUCCCAGCCUACUACUCGUUACACGCUUUGUCCACAGCCUCUACCAAGGAUGACACUCAAUUGUUGACAUAUUGGGUUGUUUUUGCCUUUUUAAAUGUCAUUGAAUUCUGGUCAAAGGCUAUUUUGUAUUGGAUUCCAUUUUACUUUUUGUUCAAGACUAUUUUCUUGAUUUACAUUGCUGUUCCUCAAUUUGGUGGUGCUGAACUUGUUUUCCAAUCUGUCAUCAAGCCAAUUGCUGACACCCAUAUUGUUGGAAAGAGCAUCAGCAAAGAUGUAAGUGAUGCUGCUUCAGGUGUCUCUUCAUCUGUCCAUAUUUAAAUGGCUUAAAUGAAUAAAUAAUGAAAAAAAAAAAAUCGAUC